CUAGUCAGGCUGCGCGUCUCCGCGGGGUCGCUGUUCGCCGGGCCGAGGUUGUGUCUGCGGACGAGGCCGCGCCGGAAGGGGCUCGGCAGCGGCAGCUCCGCGUCGGACGCUCCGGCACCGCAGUUUCAUUGUUUAGGGGACGCGGCAUCACCCGGCUCUCGCCUCCGUGCCUUGUGGUGGCCAUGGCGAAGGGUAGAGCUGUCGAACGACCGCAGACGGGGGCGUUGCCCACGACCCCCGUGCGAGAUGGGGCGGCGGGGCCGCGAGGGCCUUGCAGCGGAGACCACCUGAAGGAAAAAGCCUGUGCUGAAGCUGGGUCAGCAAGAAUGUCACUCCUUAUAUUGGUGUCCAUUUUCUUAUGUGCGGCUUUUGUUAUGUUUUUGGUAUACAAAAAUUUUCCACAACUUAGUGAAGAAGAAAGAGUGAAUAUGAAGGUUCCCAGAGAUAUGGAUGAUGCCAAGGCUCUAGGAAAAGUUUUAUCCAAAUAUAAGGACACCUUUUAUGUACAAGUACUUGUAGCUUAUUUUGCUACAUACAUUUUCUUGCAGACAUUUGCUAUUCCAGGUUCAAUAUUUCUCAGUAUACUCUCAGGGUUCCUUUAUCCCUUUCCUCUAGCCUUAUUUCUUGUUUGUUUGUGUUCUGGACUUGGUGCCUCAUUUUGCUAUAUGCUCUCCUAUUUAGUUGGGAGGCCAGUUGUGUACAAAUACCUAACAGAGAAAGCAGUGAAAUGGUCACAACAGGUUGAGCGUCACAGAGACCAUCUCAUUAAUUACAUUAUAUUUUUGAGAAUAACGCCAUUCCUGCCAAAUUGGUUUAUUAAUAUUACAUCUCCUGUGAUAAAUGUACCAUUGAAAGUUUUUUUUAUUGGCACUUUCCUCGGUGUUGCACCUCCUUCUUUUGUAGCGAUUAAGGCAGGCACAACAUUGUACCAGCUUACAACAGCAGGAGAAGCUGUUUCAUGGAACUCAGUAUUUAUUCUCAUGAUUCUGGCUGUCCUUUCUAUUUUGCCAGCCAUCUUCCAAAAAAAACUAAAGCAGAAAUUUGAGUAAAAAAAAAAAAUCAUCAAGUUUUUAAUUUUUCUGUCAUCAUCAUCAUCAUCAUCAUCAUCAUCAUCUCAGGAUUGGCAGGUGCAUCCAUUUAUGUUUUGAAUCACCUCUUCAGUAACUGAAACAAAGAAUUUGUAAAAUAAAAAUUUCUACCAGUUUAAAAUAAUAGGUUUAAGUGGCAAGGGAAAGAAGAAAGUGUAAAAUAACAUUGAUAUACUCUAAAAAUUGCUAUCAAGAGUUAUGGCGAACAUCUUAAUUAUGGUACUAAAAAUAGCUGUAAGUAAUAGUAAUGUGGAAGAAAAUAUUCAAUUAGUAUCUUUUCUGUCUCAUAACAUAUUCUAGAUUUUAUAAAUAGCAUUGCAGUUCUUGGUAAUAUUAGCCUUCUUUCAGCAAAUAAACUACAUAGGUAAUAGAUUAAGAGAUUUGCAUUUUUCUUCCUCUUUGUUACUUUGAGGUAAUAGAUUUGUGCAUUUUAGUUGACCAUUGAAUAAGGAAAAGCUAAGAAGUUACAUAGUUUAUAACAUUUUUUGUUCUAGAUUUUUAUCAUGCCUUAGUCCAAAAUUUGACAUUCUGUUCAGUUCAGUCCAUUUUCAUUUUUUUUUCUAGCUUUUAUGGUAUUUCCACUGUGCAUAUUUGAAAUAUGGAUUAUAUGUUAACGCUAUUGUAAUUGUUGAUAAUUCAUACACUCAGAUAAUAUUUUAUUAUGAUGCCUCUUCACUGUUGAGGAAGGGGAUCCAAAAAGCAAACACUCAAUGAAUGCAGUUUUUAAGACAUUAGAUUCUUUUAUGUCUGGAGAUAGAGUGGCUAGACUCAGUUUCUUCUAAUGACUAAAAUUUACCUCAUUUAUUUAUUAGUCUUCUUAAUAAGAAAUGUAUUAUGUAACUAUUCUUUUAAAUGCAUGAUAUAUCUAUGAAAAUGUCCUGUUUCUGGCUUUUUAGUUUGGGGCUGUUUUUGAUUAAUGCAGUUUCUCAAUAAUUUCACUUUUUUUUUUAACUUACAAAGUAAAAUUAACUUCUCACAUGGGAACUACUAUACUUAAAUUGUUCUAGAAAAAUGAAACCACUUUUUGUUACUUCGUUAGUGUUCAUGUCUUUGAUUCCUUGAUUCUAGAACAUAGACAACCUGAACUACUCUCUUGGUUUUACCUCCACCCCAAAACUGUUGUCAUGUUGAAAAAUAGUUCACCUGUGUAAUAAGCCCUUGUAUGUUUUGUUGUGAGAGAUAUAAUCAUCCUCAAAGCUUGUUUCAUAAUGUGGAUUAAUUCUUUAUUUUUUUUUCUAUCACAGUAUUAACAAAUGAAUUUAUUGUAAAUACAAAGCAAAUAUAUUGAUUAAUAUAGUAUUCUUAUGCCACCUGGCCUCUUUGUGAAAUUAUUUAUUGUUACUUUUAGUAAGAUUUUUUCUUACUGGCCAGAGAUUGAGUGAUAAAGCUUUUGUUAUUUUUGCAAGUAAACCUACAACACAAUCUUCUUGAACAGAAUUCACUAAAUACACCUGUAUAAAAGAUAAUGGAGUCAAUUUUUAUGAGCCUUUUAAAAUAAAAGAACUUGAAUUCAA